AUGCUAUCGGUAGGCGCUCCAGGGCUGUGAAGAUGGCGGCGGUUGCGUGGCUUCAGGUGUUACCUAUCAUUCUUCUGCUUCUGGUGGCUCAGCCGCCCCCAUUGUCGCUUUUCGGUGCAGGACCGGCACCCGUGUCUGCUGCCGACCGGUCCAAGUGGCACAUUCCGAUACCAUCGGGGAAAAAUUAUUUUAGUUUUGGAAAGAUCCUCUUCAGAAAUACCUCUAUAUUUCUGAAAUUUGAUGGAGAACCUUGUGAUCAGUCUUUGAAUAUAACCUGGUAUCUGAAAAGUGCUGAUUGUUAUAAUGAAAUCUUUAACUUCAAGGGAGAAGAUGUAGAGAAAUAUUUAGAUAAACUUAAGGAAAAAGGAGGCUUGUCUGGGAAAUAUCAAACAUCAUCAAAAUUGUUCCAGAACUGCAGUGAACUCUUUAAAACACAGAGCUUUUCUGGGGAUUUCAUGCAUCGACUGCCUCUUUUAGGAGAAAAACAGGAGGCUAAGGAGAAUGGAACAAAUCUUACCUUUAUUGAAGACAAAACUGCUAAAUUGCUGGAGGUGGAAUUAUUGGAUCCAAGUGCAAUGCAUGAACCAUUGCAAACUUGGCAAGAUGCACCGUACAUUUUUAUUGUACACGUUGGCAUUUCAUCUUCAAAGGAAUCAUCAAAAGAGAAUUCACUAAGUAAUCUUUUUACUAACUACAUGGGAGUACUUCCAAAUUGGCAGCCAAAGAAGGUUUUACGGAGAAAAUAUCCUAAAGUCAAGUCUGUAAGGAAUUUUUUUAUGGUGAUGUGUAUCGUGUAUGUCCUGUUUGGUGUUCUGUGGCUGGCGUGGUCUGCCUGCUACUGGAGAGAUCUCCUGAGAAUUCAGUUUUGGAUUGGUGCCGUCAUCUUCCUGGGAAUGCUUGAGAAGGCUGUCUUCUAUGCAGAAUUUCAGAAUAUUCGGUACAAAGGAGAAUCUGUCCAAGGUGCCUUGAUCCUUGCAGAACUACUUUCAGCAGUGAAACGCUCACUGGCUCGAACACUGGUCAUAAUAGUCAGUCUGGGAUAUGGCAUAGUCAAGCCACGCCUAGGAGUCACCCUUCACAAGGUUGUGGUAGCAGGAGCCCUCUAUCUUUUGUUCUCUGGCAUGGAAGGAGUCCUCAGAGUUACUGGGGCCCAGACUGAUCUUGCUUCCUUGGCCUUUAUCCCCUUGGCUUUCCUAGACACUGCCCUGUGCUGGUGGAUAUUUAUUAGCCUGACUCAAACAAUGAAGCUAUUAAAACUUCGGAGGAACAUUGUAAAACUCUCGUUGUACCGACAUUUCACCAACACACUUAUCUUGGCAGUGGCAGCAUCUAUUGUGUUUAUCAUCUGGACAACUAUGAAGUUCAGAAUAGUGACGUGUCAGUCGGACUGGCGGGAGCUGUGGGUGGAUGAUGCCAUUUGGCGGUUGCUGUUCUCCAUGAUCCUGUUUGUCAUCAUGAUUCUCUGGCGACCAUCUGCAAAUAACCAGAGGUUUGCCUUUUCACCAUUGUCUGAGGAAGAGGAAGAUGAUGAACAGAAGGAACCUAUGCUGAAGGAAAGCUUUGAAGGAAUGAAAAUGAGAAGUACCAAACAAGAGCCCAAUGGAAACAGUAAAGUAAACAAAGCACAGGAAGAUGAUUUGAAAUGGGUAGAAGAGAAUGUUCCUUCUUCAGUGACAGAUGUAGCACUACCAGCCCUUCUGGAUUCAGAUGAGGAACGAAUGAUCACACACUUUGAAAGGUCCAAAAUGGAGUAAAGAAUGGGAAGAUUUGCAGUUGAAGAUGGCUAGUAUCAGGGAAGAAAUCAGCUUCUGUGUCAGUCUUCUACACUCCAUAGGACUAAAGGAAGCAGUGACAUCCUGAUCUGUUCCUUGAACUUUGGGCAUUGGAACUGGUGAGAGGCGUCAGAAUGAGGAGAACAUCUUACUGAAAACAAAUUCAUAGGAUGAAAAAAAUCUGCAAGCUUCUUAUUUACAACAUUGAUGCCCCUUUCCCUCCCAAACCCUGACAUGGAUGUUUAUGCAACUUACGUGUGUCGUUCCUGAAAUUUCUAUAAUGUUUCAGUUGUUUAAUCUGUCAAACUAAAAUGUUUAACGUCUUCUAAAGGACUGUGUCAUCAACACCAUAAUAUGUAAUCUCCAGGAGCAACUGCCUGUAAAUCUUAUUUAUUUAGGGAGUUACAUAGGUGAUGGGGGAAAUUGUAAAUUACCUUUCAUUUUCCUGGAAAGUCAAGGUUAUAUCUUGCAGAGGUAGUUCUGAGGAAAAAGGGCUCUUCCAAGUUAAGGAGCCAUGGUUCUAUUAAUAAUUAAAAGAAAAAAAGAGAAACUGUUACAGUGUGAUGCAAAUCAUUUUAAAAAGUGAAAUCAAGUGCAAUUUUGUUUACAGAUGGCAUAUAUUAAAGAUUUUUCUAUUUCAGAUGUACUUUAAAGAGUAAUAUUAGCUUAACUCUUUUGACAUCUGCUAUUGUGACACAUCCCAUUGCUGGCAAUGUGGUGCACUUUUAACUACUGUUUUUGUAAGCCUCCAAGGGUGGCAUUGGGAGUCCUAGGCAAUGUUUUGUUUGCCUUCAUGCCAUUCACUGGGUGUGGCACUAUAUGCAGUGAUUGCUCUACUGUGAUUGAGCACCCUGCUAGAGAGUCUGUAAUGCUUCAGAAGAAGGAGUUUCUACAAAGGAAACCAGUGCUGCUGGCUUAAUUUAACAGUUACUCUAAGUAGUGUGGAGGCCCUGGACUGCUGCUCUUUCUUUAGGAUUGACUGUUCUAAUAUCUGGUGUUGGUGUAAAGACUUGUUUGUAAGGAACAUCACAAGGUGAUGGGAUUCAUUUGAAACACUCUUUCUGUUUUACUGAUUUUACUCAAUUUUGCCUUCCCUAAGAUUUUUGUUGUAUGUAAAAAGUUCAUGGCACUUUUUAAUAUAAAAAAAUUU